GGUGCCCGCAGAGUCCACGCGGGGAUCGGGGCGGGGAGGAGAGAAGCCGGCCCCUGGUGCCGGCCGAGGGGUCGUUGCAGAACCGGGCAGCCUUGGCAGGAGCAGGAGUUGCGCCCCGGAUUGGCUCGGGUCCAAAGCCGCCCGCUGGGCCUCUUCUGAAUCCAAGCAUCUCUUCCAGAUCGUGUGAUAUUCGCGUGAUAUUCUUUUUGAUAGCCGAUAUGGACCUAAAGGACCCAGUGACUCUUGCGUCCAUCUCAAACAGCAUAAUACGGUCUCCUGUGCAACACACACUGAAGACAUUGUAUAGGGGUGAACCGAUGGCCCUGGGGAUCACGCAGAUCCUGAUCGGCAUCCUGGAAAUAUCUUUUGGGCUAAUGUUAGUCAUAGUAGAAAGUUCUCCUACAUUCCGUGACGUUGAAGGACAUAUUCUUAUUCCAUAUUGGAUGGCAAUCCUGUACAUCAUUUCGGGAUCCCUUUCUGUGGCAUCUGCCAAGGACCCCAAAGUUCCACUGGUGAAAGGAAUGCUGGGAAUGAAUGUUGUAAGUUCCAUGGGAGCGGGCACUGCGAUUGUACUACUGUGCAUUUCAUUAUCUCAUCCAAGAUUCUACUAUGGCUGCCACUCAUACAAUCACAGAGACGUGCCACCUGACAUUUGCCAGGAAUAUGUCACGGUCCCUCAAAAUCUCAUGUACGCAAUAUCUGCUUUCCUGCUGGCAAUCACUGUCCUAGAGUUCCUCAUCAGCAUCACCUCUGCUGCUUUCGGGUGUGCCACCGUGUGCAAGAUUUCCUACAGUGAAACGACUGUAGUGAUUUUUCAGCAGACUGAUGAGGGGAUCAUUCCUGCUUCAGCUCUCUCGAGGCAAAUGAACGAGGCUGUGGAGGCAUGAAGCAUAUUACAUCAAGCUGGCCUUGUGAAAACGGAGGUGUGUUCCUGGCUGCCACUGGUGCUCCUCUUCUCUUUCCCAUGCUGAGAUGGGGAAGUUAGACAUCUGGAUCCAGCACAACUUUGGCAUGGUUUUAAUCAGAUGUGCAACGACAAACGUUAUAUAAAGAGGGAUCUUCUCAGAUCUCAGAAGCGAAGCAGGAUUGGUACUUGAACGAGAGACCACCAAGAAAGGUUCUGCAGACAAAGGCAAUAGCAAACCACCUCCAGCCAAUGGCAAACCACCUCCACUUUUCACUUGCUUUGAAAGAACCUUGCUGGGGUGAGCAUAAAUUGGCUGCCAAUCUAGUACCCAUACACAACGGCAUAUAUGUUUGUGGUUCUGGCUUUCACUUUGCUUGCAUUCAUCAUUGUGAUGUUUCUAGCAGAGUUCCCAACUUUUUUGGCCUCUGGACACUCAUGGAAGCUUGAGGAGCAGUGCUGAGCACCUUCAUGAAAUGGCUGCCAUGGGAAGCAGAAUCAAUCACCAAAUGGCUGCCAUGGGGUGGAAUCAAAACAUGUUGGAAGGUUGCAAUCCUUGUGCUCUGAAGAAAUCAUGUUCCUGGAGUCUUCUGAAGGAGUUCCUAAUCCAGUGCUGUGGAGGAGAACCAGGAUUGGUUUCUUGCUUUGGGAAAGAAGCAAGGGGGCACCAUAGUGCCCACAGGAUCUUGUCGGUUCCAACCGUUCUUUAGUUCCAUGAAAGUGACUGAUACACUUUGAGCAAAAGCAUACAUUAUUUUCCCCACCACCAAAUACCUCACACAGUAAGACCACAGGAUAUUCAAUUCCUUUGUUUUUUGGGCUCAUAUUUGGAGCUCCAUGUCAAGUAGUUCCUAAAUGCACCUUUGCUUUGAUAACACAAAGGCCAGGAGUUGAUCUGGUGAGAAUAACGAAAGAAGAAUUUCCAUGAAGGAUCAACCUGCAGGUUAUUCCCUGCCUCCUCACAGAAAGGAUAAGGAUGGAGGAACAAUAUACUGGGUGUUCAAGUCAGCUGGAGGGUCCCUGAAGGCAGUGUCACGCUGCUUUCACAAUCCAUCUCAACUUAUUUGACUUCUAAUGCAAUUCCACAUUGUGACCACUAGGGUUACAGGGAAGGCAGCUGAGUAAAAAGCAGUAGCCUUUUUUUUUUUGCAAAGUUUAAUAGAAGGAAGCAAAUAUUUGCAUAUCCCAUUAAAUCAAGUCAAGACCAAUCAGAACAGCUCAUGGCUGCUACAGUCAUUGCCAAGCUGCAGUGUUCUAAUGAGGUUGUUUUUUCCAUCAGACUUUUCCCCUCUUCCUUUUUUUCUACACAGCUGCAUAGUUUUGUCAGCUCAGACAGAUCUUGCAAAGAGGGAGCCCUGCCACUGUUGGAGAAAAUAAAACAACCUUUCUUCUCCUCCUAAUUUCUGUUUCCCCUUUUGCAGAUUUUUUAUCUUGACUCCCUUUCAUGAUUUGCCCUCAUUUAUCCCUGGUGGCUUCUGAUCCCCCAGUGACUUCUAAUGGUAGUAAUGGGGACAGAUGUUCCCCCAACUCUAUUUUAUUAAUGGUGGUGUCUUCCUCCAGUGCAAGUACCCUACUCUGGUAGAAUGUGCCUCUUCCUCUGGGAGCAGGCCUCUUUUUGCCAGAAGAAGUGUUCUAGAGCUGGAGACAAAGUCUGCUGUUGGUGGAAGAGAGCAAUACGAUCCCACCCAAUCAGUGAAUGUAUGUUCUUUGAGAGUUUGCUGAGGCUGUUUGAUGAGACAAUGAAAGAAUGAGGGCAGAGUGGCUCAGACGGUUUGUCUUGAGAAGGACAUUGUCUAACUUAAAGAAUUUGCUGAUGUUUCCAGUGGACAGGAUUAUCCUGAUUUGCUGUAUAGAAAGUAUACUGGGGAUUUGCUGUAUAGAAAGUAUACUGGGGAAGUAUACUUAACCUACUGCAUCUGUGUAUGGUUCUCCAGUUGCACAGUGGCAGAUAGGAAGGCGCUCCAAAGGGUGAUCAAUACUGCACAGAGGAUUAUCGGCUGCCCUCUCCCCUUCU